GCGCGCGCUGAUCCCACGUGUGACGCUAGCGCUCCCGGUUCGGUAAUAUUCCUUGAGCUGGGGCUGCAGUGCCCGUGUGUGUGUGUAUGCGUGUGUUUGGAGUUGGUUGGGCUUUGAGCUAUGGAAGCGGACGCGAGUCAAGUCACCUCUGGAAGCCCGAGUGAUUCGCUACACGACCCGGGUAAAAUGUUUAUCGGUGGCCUCAGCUGGCAAACCUCACCAGACAGCCUUAGAGACUAUUUCAGUAAAUUCGGGGAGAUCAGAGAAUGUAUGGUGAUGCGCGACCCCACCACCAAACGCUCCAGAGGGUUUGGCUUCAUCACGUUUGCAGAUGUUUCCAGUGUAGAUAAAGUCUUAGCUCAACCACACCACGAAUUAGACUCCAAGACAAUUGAUCCUAAGGUCGCCUUUCCUCGACGCGCCCAACCCAAGAUGGUCACAAGAACAAAGAAAAUAUUUGUGGGUGGAUUAUCCGCGAGCACAGUCGUUGAAGACGUGAAACAGUAUUUUGAACAGUUUGGAAAGGUAGAGGAUGCCAUGCUAAUGUUUGAUAAAACUACAAACAGACAUAGAGGCUUCGGCUUCGUAACUUUUGAGAAUGAAGACAUUGUAGAGAAAGUCUGUGAAAUUCAUUUUCACGAAAUCAAUAAUAAAAUGGUAGAAUGUAAGAAGGCCCAACCAAAGGAGGUAAUGUUUCCUCCAGGCACGAGGGGGAGGGCGAGAAGUCUUCCGUACACCAUGGACGCCUUCAUGCUUGGCAUGGGCAUGCUGAGUUAUCCAAACAUUGUGGCAACAUACGGUCGUGGAUACACAGGAUUUUCUCCAAGCUAUAGCUACCAGUUUCCAGGUUUCCCUGCGACGACGUACGGACCCGUGGCAGCGGCAGCAGUGGCGGCGGCACGAGGCUCAGGUAGGGCGACCCCGGGAAGAAGCAGCUACAUGGCGUACCCACAGAACGCAGGGCCAGGGUUCCCCGAUUACGGCUUUUAUUCUGGCCCCGGUGACCAGCGGCCCGCUCCCUGCUCCUUUGCCGACUAUGCCACCUUGGGGCCCCAUACGGGUCAGAUGCUGCAAAGUGAGCACGUCACCUCCACCUGCAACUCACCCUCCCAGCACCACCCAAGCCCGGACCACUUCAAGAGCUCAGGUGCUAACCCUCCUCGGCCUGGAGGUUUCCCCGGUGCAAACAGUCCUGGACCCGUGGCAGACCUGUACGGCCCCAGCAGUCAGGACUCAGCUGUGGGAAAUUACAUCAGUGCUGCCAGCCCCCAGCCGGGCUCCGGGUUCAAUCACAGUAUCGCAGGUCCUUUGAUCGCCACAGCUUUUACAAAUGGAUACCACUGAAAGCGAAGCAAAGAUGCAGCACCAACUCAUUGAAGAAUUCAUCUGGAGGCCCUGGGAAAAUGGCCAGAGUCUCUGAUUGGUUCAUGUACAGUUGAUGUCAUAAAGACUUCAAGCACUACAGGUUCUGAUUGGUGAAAGGACAAGGGGGGGUGGACCCAAAUAAAGAAGAAAAACAUCUCAGAAAACAAAACAUCACAACUGCUGUUAACAGUAAUCCAGCCCUCAUGUCACUGCAGGACUCCCUGCUUUUCUUUUUUGUCCCCUUUCUGUAUGCUUUUUAAAUGACUUUGGCUUUUAGAGAAAAAUACUUAAAUGAAUGAAUUAUUCAGUUGCGAUUGUCACGAUUCUUUUAAGGUUCUUCGCUCAUUUUAAGUGUUCACAAGUGUUGUCCGACUCAAUUUUGAUGCCAGUUAAAAAAAAAUUAUUUUGCACACUUGGACAGACGCCGCACUGAAAGACACCACGCCAUUCAUCCAUUGAAAAAAAGAAAAAAAGAAAA